AUGUAUGCAAAGAAAAAAGUCGUGUUGCAGGUACACAUUGUGAUGUUGCGCUACAAGGCAAGCACAAGCAGGACAGAGGACAAACUCUAUCUCAUGCCGGAAAUGCUUGGGCGGAGCCUGCUCCCCCCCCCAUGUUUCCCGAUGUGCGACGACGUUUUCUUGCCAUAUUCAUAUCGUCCCUGCGUUGCAGAUCAUGCUCAUGCAGAGCAAGUUUGAGAAGUUCUUGCCGAAAUGUCAUAAAAAUGUAUGAGUGUACUGGCGCUCCUUUUUUUCUUGCAUAGGAUGCCGCUUCCGUCUAAUCAAGACGACGGCGAGAUGUCGCCUUAUCAAAUGUAGAAAUGUCUGGGUCUGGAAGAAUGCAAGAGUUUGUCAUGCAGAUUUUGCAUGACCCAUGAGGUCUGUGAUGCGUGCCCUAGCAUCAGAAAUUCUGCGAGGGCUUUCUGAUGCUCAUGACGCAUGAGAAAUGCCCUCUCCGUGUGGCACAGAUCGCGCCUCCUUUGCUGUUCAUGCUAUACAGAUUUUAUGCAGAGUCCAAGGGUAGCAUCACAAGUUCCAAACUUCCAGACCCAGACACUUUUGCAGUGCAUACGCCUCCGGAUCUGACAGAGCAUCAGAAGGCUACAUGGGGUCUCGUUGUGCAAGGACACGAUCACAAGGUCUCGGACGGCCAUGUCACGUUUGACGAGAUGCACGCCAUAGACAAGAAUGACAUCGCGGGAGAUGGCAAGGAAGCCGUGCCUGCCAUCUCCAUCGAGGAGGCGACCCGGUCCGCGCCCGCCGGUGGCCCGCCGCCGACGAUUUUCGGAAACGCCCAAACGGAUCCAGAAGUGAUCCAGAAGCGGUUCAACCUAGUGGAUGAAAACCACGACGGGCUCGUUACUAUGCAUUGCAAAUAUGCCUGGGUCUGGAAGGUGGCAGCUUGUCAUGCGAACAAAUCUCGAUCGCAAGAAAAUCUGUAUUGCGUGAUCGCCUAAAGCUACCAACUUUUUAGUUGGCGAAAGGCGCAUUUGUCAUGUGGCAUAGGCAUGAGGAAGGUGUCGCAAAAUCUGUGAUGCUUCUGUGUGCAUUUCAGACCAUGCAUGUCGUCCGCAAGAUGCAUCGCAGAUCUUGCAUUUAUUUUUCCAGACCCAGACACAUUUGCCCGUGAUAGUUACCAAGCAAGAACUAAACGAAGUUUUCGGACCGGACGGGAUCGACAAGAAGGACGACAUGUUUCCGGCGUUCGCGGACCCGCCGCCGGACAAGGGUUUUGACUUCUGGCAGGACACGGUGCGCAGCGGGUACGAGCAGGAAACCGGCGGAGAUGUGGAUGAAAACGUUUUGCCGGAAAAUGCGCCCGGAAUCGCCGCCGGCCAGGGUGUCUUUGCUCUCGGCAAAGACCCACAGGGGGUGGGGUCAGUACCCUUCGACAAGUUGGACGACAACCACGACGGAAAACUCCAACCCGACGAGGUUUUUACUCCGAACAGUUUUAGUUGGGGGGAGCAUAUUGAGAGUGGGAUUUUUGGACACAGCGGAGACGGCCCCGGAGAGGCGGGAGACGAGCGCUUCGAUCUCGUUGACAGGAAUGACGACGGAGAGGUGUCGGAGGCAGAGUACAAGCAUUACUUUGGUGAGAACGGGAUGGACCGAAACGACGAUCACUACGACGACAUCGUGAACGCGGAGAACGACCCUGACCAUGAUCCUGAUGAGCCUGCAACUGAGGCUCCAGACACCUC